AUGUUGUUGAGACAUUCAUUAUAUGUCGUCUCUAGGGCGACAAGAUACACUAGCAGUAGGGGAUUGUCAAGUGCUGUACUUGGUCAUUCAAUCAAAUCACCAUCAUCAUGGUCAUCAACCAGCUCAUUGACAUCAUUCAACAACUCAUCACCAUCAACAUCAUCAUAUAACAUGUACUCAACUACAACAACUACAACACAGACAACACAGACAACACAGACAACUCAAACGACAACAGAUUACACUAAACUGAUACCUGAAUCAGGCAAUAUACCAAACACAAUAAUGGAGAAGAUGGGAAAGAACUUACAUUUGACGACUGAUCACCCAAUCAACUUGAUAAAGAAGAAGAUACAGUAUCACUUCCAGCGACAGCAGACAAAGGACGAGCCACCCUUCCGCUUCUUUGACAACUUUGCGCCAAAGGUCUCGUCGCAGCAGAACUUUGACGAGCUGCUCUUCCCCAACGAUCACGUGGGCCGCAGCCCCAACGACACCUACUACUUCUCGCCCAGCACUCUGCUGCGCACACACACCAGCGCACAUCAGACACAGCUGCUGCGCGACAAUAACAAGGCGUUCUUGGUCACGGGCGACGUGUACAGACGCGACACCAUCGACAAUGUGCACUACCCAAUCUUCCAUCAGAUGGAGGGCGUGCGCGUCUUUGACGACGCCGAGCUGGCGCGCAUUGCGCCCAACGCCCCAAAGCUGGCGUACAACGCCGCGACCGACUACUACGAGGACGGAUCGUACAAGCGCCACGCCGAGGUGGCCGCCGUCGAGCAGCACCUCAAACAGUCGCUCGAGGGCAUGAUCCGCGGCGUGAUCGGCCGCGCCGACCUCCAGGUCCGCUGGAUCGACGCGUACUUCCCCUUCACCUCUCCGUCGUGGGAGAUGGAGAUCCUGUUCCAGGACAAGUGGCUCGAGGUGCUGGGCUGUGGCGUCGUGCACCCCACCAUCAUGAAGCAGUGCGGCAUGGAGCACAGUCGCGGCUGGGCCUUUGGCAUUGGCAUGGAGCGUCUGGCCAUGAUCCUCUUUGAGAUCCCCGAUAUCCGUCUGUUCUGGAGCGAGGACAGCCGAUUCCAUUCACAGUUUGCCGGUGUGGACAAGGCGCCGCAGGCGCUGACGGACAUCUCGUUUGCGGGCGUCAAGUUCCAGCCAUACAGCAAGUUCCCAUCGUGCUUCAAGGACAUCACAUUCUGGCUGCCCGCGCAGGGCUUCCACGAGAACUCCUUCUUUGAGUUCUUGCGUGGCAUUGGCGGCGACCUCAUUGAAGACGUGUCGAUGAUCGAUCAAUUCAAACAUCCAAAGACUGGCAAGACAUCACAAUGCUAUCGAAUCAACUACCGAUCAAUGGAGAGGAACUUGACCAACGAAGAGAUAGACAGGAUUCAAAUUGAGAUACGUUCCAAGAUUGAGGGCAAUCUUGGUGUCCAAUUGAGAUAG